AUCUACAUUAUUCUCUCUCAUCAUUCUCCAACCUCUACGUUAUUCUCCUUCUCCAUCUCGAUCUCUUUAUUGUCUUCUCUCGUCCUGGUUUUCCUUGGGGAAUCCUGAAAACCGUUUGAUUUUGAUCAAAGGGUCCUCAGGAUUCGGACACCCAUAUCUUGUAACACUUCUAUGUUGUCUUAGAAGACCAAGGAACCGAAGAAAAGCAUCAAUUUUUGCAAGCAGACAGCUUCUUUUUCCCCCUUCUUCUUGUCUUAAAAAACACACACAACCACCCAGCUGCUGAAGCUCAACCGUCACAACUCACAUAUGAUUCGGAUGGCUACGAAUUAAGCGUGUUGGUGUUUGUGUUAUGAGCGAGAGAAUGGAAUCCAGCAGCAUUGAGAGCAGCACUGUGUCAUCGAUGACUAUGAUGGAGGAUGAUGAACAUCCUCAUCAGUUUUCUUCAAUCUCGAAGCUGCAUAACAAUGGCCCCACCACUACCAGUGUCCACGACCUUCUUGAAUGCCCUGUCUGCACCAACUCCAUGUACCCUCCAAUCCAUCAGUGCCACAACGGGCACACGCUAUGUUCAACUUGCAAGACAAGGGUACACAACCGAUGCCCAACUUGCAGGCAGGAGCUCGGAGAUAUAAGAUGUUUGGCAUUAGAGAAGAUAGCAGAAUCACUUGAGCUGCCAUGUAGAUAUAUCUCUCUUGGGUGUCCAGAGAUUUUUCCUUAUUACAGCAAACUCAAACAUGAGGCUAUUUGUAACUUCAGACCAUAUAACUGUCCUUAUGCCGGGUCUGACUGUUCUGUGGUUGGGGAUAUUCCAUGCCUUGUUGCUCAUUUAAGGGAUGACCACAGGGUUGAUAUGCAUUCUGGAUGCACUUUCAACCAUCGCUAUGUAAAGUCUAAUCCCAUGGAAGUGGAAAAUGCUACAUGGAUGCUAACGGUUUUCCAUUGUUUUGGGCAAUAUUUUUGCCUCCAUUUUGAGGCCUUCCAGCUUGGCAUGGCUCCAGUGUACAUGGCAUUCCUCCGAUUCAUGGGUGACGAAAGAGAGGCGAGAAACUACAGCUACAGUUUGGAGGUGGGUGGAAAUGGACGAAAACUAACUUUUGAGGGGAGUCCAAGAAGCAUUAGAGAUAGUCAUAAGAAAGUGAGAGACAGUCAUGACGGUCUUAUCAUUUACCGCAACAUGGCGCUUUUCUUCUCAGGUGGAGACAGGAAAGAGUUGAAGCUACGAGUAACAGGAAGGAUAUGGAAAGAACAGCAAAACCCUGAAGGUGGAGUGUGCAUACCCAACCUCUGUAGCUAGGUUGUUGCAUAUUAUUCUCUUUAAUGCUUUUUCUUUCUGUAGAUAAUUUGACAAGUCUUAAUCUUUGACUGGUGAAUGUUUAUGGCAAUUUCAACUUCCAAACAAAAUAAUAAAAAAAAAAACAAAGUUCUAACCAA